CCAGACACUCCUCCCUGGCGCAGGACGCACGGAGGACGCGCGUAAAGAGCGAACGAGCUGCUCCAUUUUCAGGCUGAAUCAUCUCAGUGAUACGACGUCUGACAACUUCAGGGUGAAACGAAGAAGAAGAAGAAGUUUGAGGUUCCUCUUGUUUCUCUGAGUUCGUGUUUCAUGCGCACUUCGAACCUCGGGCACCGCGCGCUUGUCCUUUUCUCUCUCCAGCAGAACCAUGAUGCGCGGAUGUGACCGGAUUUCACAGGAGGGUGCGCUCCACGCUUUGGAUCCAUAAUGUGAGGAUUCGUGUCGGAAUAAACGAGGACGCUGCGUAAAAGGAACAAAACAACCUAAAGCUCUCCAGUGAGACCAGUGAAGUUCGUUUCAGUUCCCCUGCACAGAGUGGAAAUCAUGGGGCCGACAUGGGUCCUGCUUCUCCUGGCUGUUCUGGGUUGGACCUCAGCUUCCUCUCUCCACUACUCGGACGGUCGCUCCAGCCGUCUCUCCCUGGAGAAAACCUUCGGCCGCUCGCUCAAAGACUCCCAGUGCCAGCACAUGCUGAAGCACCUUCACAACGGAGCCAGGAUCACUGUGCAGAUGCCUCCCAGUGUGGAGGGUCACUGGGUGUCCACCAGCUGUGAGGUGAGACCAGGGCCGGAGUUCUUGACGCGCUCCUACAGCUUCUACCCCAACAACACCUUCCAGGCUCACCAGUUCUACUACGAGGACAACCACUGCAACAAGCCCACCUACACCCUGCUGGUCCGAGGUCGUCUCCGCCUACGUCAGGCCUCCUGGAUCAUCCGCGGCGGCACCGAGGCCGAGUACCACCUCCACCGCGUCCAGAUGGUCUGUCACACAGCCACCGUGGCCAAAGAGCUCAGCCAGAGGCUCAACCAGAGCUGCCGCGGGGCGGUGAGGGGCCCCUGGGAGCCCGGCAAGAUCUACGAGCUGUGGAGCGAGGAGGGCGGCUACGACUGCUCCAGGGAGCUCAACUUCGCCAUGCACGAGCUGCAGCUGCUCCGGGUGGAGAAGCAGUACCUGCAUCACAACCUGGACCACCUGGUGGAGGAGCUGUUCUUGGGAGACAUCCACACGGAGCCGUCACAGAGGCUGUACUACAAACCCUCCAGCUACCAGAUGGCCCUGCAGAAUGCCAAGAACCACGACCACGGCUGCAUCGCCUGCCGCAUCAUCUUCCGCUCCGACGAGCUCCACCCCCCCAUCCUGCCCCCCCGGGCCGACCUCACCGUGGGGCUGUACGGCCAGUGGGUGAGUCAGCGCUGCGAGGUGCGGCCCGAGGUCCUCUUCCUCACCCGCCACUUCAUCUUCCACGACAACAACCACACGUGGGAGGGCCACUACUUCCACUUCUCCGACCCGGUCUGCAAGCACCCCACCUUCACCAUCUACGCCCGGGGACGCUACAGCCGGGGGCUCCACUCCACCCGGGUCAGGGGCGGGACGGACUUUGUCUUCAAAGUGAACCACAUGAGAGUGACGCCCAUGGACCUGGCCACCACCUCCCUCCUCAACGUCUUCAACGGUAACGAGUGUGGCGCUCAGGGCUCGUGGCAGGUGGGGGUGCAGCAGGACGUCACCGUCACAAACGGCUGCGUGGCGCUGGGCAUCCGGCUCCCCCACACCGAGUACGAGCUGUUCCGCAUGGAGCAGGACGCCCACGGCCGCUACCUGCUCUACAACGGCCAGCGGCCCAGCGACGGCUCCAGCCCCGACCGGCCGGAGAAGCGGGCCACGUCCUACCAGAUGCCCCUGGUGCAGUGCUCGGCGAGCAGCCAGACGUCCGACUACAGCCGGGGGGGCGAGGACGGGCCUCUGCAGCAGAAUGACUGUGUGGGCAGGCACGCAGGAGGCCGGGGACAUGCCGCCGUGGCUCUGGGUGCGUUGGUCGUGUCCGUGCUGCUCGUCUGGCAGAGCUAGAGACGUUUGACACACGAGACAAGCACAGACUGGGAGACUGACGUGAACUUUGACCUUUCCCUCUCUGUGAGGAGAACGAGGAUGAAACCUGGUGCCACUGAUCCUCUGGACUCCAGCUACCAAAGACCCCCCCCCGACACUGCUGCACCACACAAACUGCACUUUACAGUGGAACCAAAGAGCGACUUGUCUGUGUUUCCACAAAUAUACAAAGAUGUCUAUAUAUAUGUUUAUCCACACACAGACCAGAGGAGGUUCUAUACAGCAUGUGUAUCUGCAGCAGGAUCUGGAGCGUGGAAAUGUUUUCUACAAACAGACUCUGACAAUGAGCUCCUUGUCUGGAGGAGACGCUCGUGAGUCACAGUUUACUGUAAAAAGGGAACCAGUGUACUUGUAUUAAAUCUGUUUCUUCAAAUAUAGCCUGAACUCAGCUGCAGGUUUCUGUCAUUCAUUUCCCAUAAAGGUCAUAAUGUUGCUUCAGAUACAACAGAGCUCCGGCUCAUUUCCUCCGGUUCACAGCUGCUGACCUGGUUUCCAUCUGGGAGAUUUGGGAAAUUAUUCUCUUUUGUCCCAAAGCUGGAAAACUGGCUUAUGAAGCUGUUAUUGAAAUGUAUUAAACCAGCUUAAUUCGAUCUGGGCAACAUGGCUAAAUAAGGAUAAUUAUAUCAGGGCUGUAAAUGAAUUAAAAAUGUAGUUAAAUGUGUUUUAAACUACAAGUUGUUUGGAAGAAUUUUGCAAAACAUGCAAACACAAACACUGAAUCCUUACCUUGGUGUUAGGCAGCGGUCACAUGGUUUAAUUAUUAAUUAAUCACAGUAAACCUUUGUUUUCAUUCAUCUGAAGAAAUCUUAAACUUAAAGAUAAUAUGUUAUACGACCAAACUGGUAGUAAAUACUAAUUGGAAAACAUAAGUUUAAAUAUUUCAUGUUUUAUUUGGGAUUUGAUGAACUUAAAUUAUUUCUACUAACUGAUUUUCAUUAGAUCUUACAUGGAAACAUUAAUUGGAUCUAAAACCAGCAUUGAACUGGGACAACAGGUAGAUUCUGAUGAAUAGCAGAUCACAUAUGACCAGUUCCAGAUGUGUGGCUCCCUGGAUAAAUGUUCCAGUGAGAAAGGAGACUGACGCUCUUUCUCCUUACAGCUGCUUUCUGAACGUGACAGUGGAAUAAAUUCUAAAACACCUCCGUUGGGAAUAAGGCCGUCAGGUUGUGGUUCACUCUCAGACCACAGAGGUCACCGGGACUUAGUCGGUCCGAAGUUGUUCCUGUUUAUAAACUUAGCAGCAGGUUUCAAGCUCAAAUGUAACUUUCAUGUUCAACAGGGAAAAGACAAAGAGGCCCCAGCAGCAGACACGUGUCCUGAAAAAUGAAAAAGUUUGUUCCGUGUGUUAAGCUCCACAAAAUGUGCUUGUAAAUAAAAACACGUAUACG